AUGGCUCUGGAAAAUGGCUCAUUGGUAACAGAAUUUGUACUCCUGGGAUUGACAGAUCAGCCUGAGCUCCAAGUACCCCUCUUCUUUCUCUUUCUAGCGAUGUAUUUGAUAACCUCAUUGGUAAAUUUGGCUUUGAUUAUUCUAAUUAUCCUAAAUUCACACCUUCACACUCCUAUGUACUUUUUCCUCGUUAACUUGUCAUUCAUAGACCUCUGUUACUCUUCUGUGUUAACACCAAAAAUGCUGAUGAAUUUUAUAUUAAGGAAGAAUAUUAUCUCUUAUAUGGGAUGUAUGACCCAGGUUUACUUCUUUUCCCUUUUUGCCAUAUCUGAAUGUUUUGUCCUUACAUCAAUGGCCUAUGAUCGCUAUGUUGCUAUUUGCAAUCCGCUCCUGUACAACACUGUUAUGUCCCCUAAAGUGUGUUCCUAUCUUAUGCUUGGUACAUAUUUAAUGGGACUCACAGGUGCCAUGUUCCACACUGGAUGUUUGCUGGGACUGACCUUCUGUGAUGGAAACAUCAUCAACCACUAUUUCUGUGAUCUCCUCCCUCUGUUCCAGCUCUCCUGCACCAGCACCUAUGUCAAUGAGGUAGAGCUGUUAAUUGCAGGAGCUAAAGAUAUCAUUGUGCCCAGUGUCAUCAUCUUUACCUCUUAUGGUUUCAUCCUCUCUAGGAUCCUUCAAACCAGGUCCACUGAGGGCAGGUCCAAAGCUUUCAGCACCUGCAGUUCCCACUUAGUUGCUGUUUCUCUCUUUUUUGGAUCAAGUGGAUUUAUGUAUCUUCAACCUUCCUCAGCAGGUUCUAGGGAUGGUGGAAAAAUCUCUUCCAUCUUUUACACCACUGUGGUUCCCAUGAUGAAUCCAUUAAUCUAUAGCUUAAGAAACAAAGACAUUAAAAUUGCCCUGAGAAAAACCCUCAGAAAAAUUCUUUGA